CUAAUUGGGUGACGUUUGUCUCUAUAAUGCCGCGUUUACCAGUAUUUCUCAUUCCCUACGACACGUCGACAUUUGUUGUAGUCAGCUAACAGUGCUUGUGGUGAAGUUAAAGCAUUUAUUUUCGAUAUCUGCUGCAUACAAAUGUUUAACCAGUGCGCGUUAGCACGGAGCUACGAUGGGUUGUGGGACUUUAUGGAAACAUGUCAAAGAAACGGGGCAGGAAGCGCAGCAGCGAAGAGUUGAGCGAGAGCUCGGCGUCCACCCUGAGCCCCGACCCGGACAACCUGCUUGGCCGCAGAAUCCAGCACAACUGGAGGGAGAAGGGGAGCGUGACCAAGUGGAAAGGCACGGUUCUGGAGCGGCUAACCGUCAACAGCUCCCUUUACAUGGUCAAAUACGACGGUUUCGACUGCGUAUAUGGCAUCGAGCUGUUCAAAGACAGCCGAGUGUCCACCCUGCAAGUGUUGGCUGAGAAAGUCGUGAAUAAUAAGAUCAAGGUGCCUCCCGGGGCAGAGGAGCUGGUGGGACGGGCGGUGGAACAUCUGUUCGAAAAGGAGGAUGGCGAGAAAAACGAAUGGCGAGGCAUGGUGCUGUCCCGGGCUCCCGUCAUGACCCACUGGUAUUACAUCACCUACGAAAAGGACCCCGUGCUCUACAUGUACCAGCUGUGGGACGAUUACAAGGACGGCGAUCUACGUGUCCUUCCCGAAUCGGAGAACAAACACCUACUUCCAGCCGACAGGAAGCCAGGAGAGGAGCCAGAAAGCCUCGUGGGUAAACAAGUGGAGUACGUCACAGAUAACGGGCUAAAGAGAACGGGCCUAGUCAUCUACCAGGUGCCCGCCAAGCCCACAGUGUACUACAUCAAAUACGACGACGACGUCCACAUUCACGUCUACGACCUGGUGAAAACCACCUAGAACUCGUGACUCGCCGUCCGCCGGCCAUCUUUGAAUCAGCCGGUCGUUACCGGUUGAAGUGUUAGCAAAGUUUUUCUUCCGCGCAGCGGGAAGGAAACGCCACCGAAGACGAUAACAUUUCAUUUCUCGGGCUCGCAUCUCUCCAGUUUAAAGACGAUUUAGCGACGACUAGCGACUCUUUUCGUGUAAAUAUAUCCAUUUGUACAGAUCGGCAGGUGACGAAAUCUAACUCUAAAUACGCGUCAUUGUGCUUUACGUGUUACGUGACGGCAAAAAAAGUCCUGUUCAUCUGAGUGACGUGCCAAUCUACCAUCGCUGUGAACUCAGUUGAAUCGUACGGGAAUCAUUGAUUGUGUCCACACAAAAAAAAAAAAAAACAACAACAACAACAAAAAAAGUGAUUAUAUUUCUGUUCUAUUGUGUAAAGUGCAAGUUUUCUACUCUCUAAUUAUCUAAUAUAUUCAAUAUACCAAUGUUUAUGUCCAGUUGCUUUCAACAGUGCUCGUGCUAUUUAUGUUGACAUCAGCGCCCGAUAUUUUCUUUCCGGAAACUUAAAUUGUACGGCCUUGAAAUAUGAAUUGUAACCCUGAAAUAUUGUUCUGUAAAUAGAAAUUGAAUCGUUUUUAUGAAUCGAAUCAAAGAUGUUUGAAAAA